AUGUUGGAUCCUUUUCCACCCCCGCCAGCAUGGCUGCGGGAUUUCGUUGAGCCAUGGGCGCUUCAUUACAACGUUCCUGCUCUGACGGAGCAUGCUCACGAGGUCAUUAUUGCUUUUGUCGGCUACCUUUUUAUCCACUUCAUCUUGUCCCCCGUUCUGUCUCCGGUGCUUUUCCCCAAUCACUACCCGAAACUCAAACCCCGGACCAAGCUCAACUGGGACGUUCAUGUCGUCUCGCUGGUGCAGAGCACCUUCAUCAAUGGCAUGGCCCUUUGGGUCAUGUUUGCCGAUGAAGACCGGGCUUCUAUGAACGCCUCUGAACGUAUCUAUGGGUACACUGGAGCCUGUGGACUGGUGUCCGCCUUCGCUGCCGGAUACUUUGUUUACGAUCUGAUCGUCAGCACGAUCUACGUUAAGCUCUUUGGGAUCGGAAUGCUUUUCCAUGGCAUUAGCGCCCUGUGGGUGUUCAGUUUUGGAUUUGUGAAGAGACCAUUCGUGAACUUCUACUCCCCCGUCUUCAUCCUCUAUGAGCUCUCCAGCCCCUUCCUCAAUAUCCACUGGUUCCUCGACAAGGUCAACAUGACCGGCAGCAACCUGCAGUGGUACAAUGGCAUGAUGCUUCUCUUCACCUUCUUCAGCUGCCGUCUCCUUUGGGGCACAUACCAGUCCGUCGCCGUCUAUCGGGACAUGUGGUACGCCUUGAAACAGACCUGGGAUGCCACUGCAGCUGCCACUCCCCUCGAACCCGUCGAUCUCACCUCUCAAGUCUUCCAGGUCCGCGGAGGCAGCGGCAGUGAAAUGGCUAAGUACGCCUCCUUCACCGCCGGCGGCGUCCCCACCUGGCUGGUCCUGACUUACGUGAUCUCGAACGUGGUUCUCAACUUCCUGAACUACUUCUGGUUCUCGAAGAUGGUCGAGACCGUCCUGAAGCGGUUCCGCGGGCCCGCCGAGAAGCCCGGACCGGCCGGUAAGCCCUCUAAGGAGGAGCAAAUCAGCCAUCUGAAGGAGGAGAUCACGCAGAAGGUCGUCCUGGAAGCGGCCUCCAAGCUGGAACAGGAGGAAGGUAGCCCUUUCCUCGAUGGAGUGUCUGAGGAGAAAGUCGCUUCGGCUGUCGACUCGGGGCUUACCGAGGAAUUGAGGAAGAGGAAAGUCCAGUUGUCAUCCUAG